CCAGCGGAAAAUCAGCCGCCGAGGAAACACUCCGUGUGAAAAGUGAAGGCAUCUCUCCUCGAGCCCCACUGAUAACCGGCGGACGCGUUUCCGCGCAUCCUUCCCUUCCUAUCACAUCCCACCGCCGUGCACGAGGUCGCAUGCCCGCGCUCCACGCUCACCUUCGGCUGCCCCGGGAGCGCGCGGCAGAGCCGUGCCCCAUUGGAAGGCUAAGGAGAGGCGGAGAAGGCGUGCUCGCUCCCCGACGUCAUCUACGAAAGGAGCCGUCGCGUGGACGCGCACGGCUCUGCCUCCUCCUAGUAUCAGCUGAGGGAAAGAAGCAAGGCGCGCUCCCGCCUCAGGUUUGAAAUGUGGGGCACGGUUACCUCUGGAACGGACACCGCCAUUUAAAAAAAAAAAAAACGGGGGCGCGCUGCUCGUGGACGGCGGUAACUCGAGGCGCGGUCUCUGUCCAGUGUGUGUCUCGGCGCCGGGAGGCGCUCGGUUUCCUAGGGAUGGCGGAGAGCUGGCUGAGCGGCGGCCCUGGGAUGUAGAGCGGCCGCCUGCCGCGGUCCAUUGAUGAAAGGGGAGCGCCGGGUGUCACCUUCGUUCCUGCCUCGGUGUCAUUGUGACAGGAUUUGUGCGGCCAUCCUCUGCUUGGGACCUAGGACCUCCCCGGCUGGACCUGUUCUUUGGUGGUUUCAUUGAAAUCCCCCCCUCAGGACCAUGGCCGACGACGACGUGCUGUUUGAAGAUGUGUAUGAGCUGUGUGAGGUGAUUGGGAAGGGCCCAUUCAGCGUUGUCCGAAGAUGUAUCAACAGAGAAACUGGACAGCAGUUUGCUGUGAAAAUUGUCGAUGUCGCAAAGUUUACAUCAAGUCCAGGAUUAAGCACAGAAGAUUUGAAGAGAGAAGCCAGCAUAUGUCACAUGCUGAAACAUCCACACAUUGUGGAGCUCUUGGAGACGUACAGCUCCGAUGGAAUGCUCUAUAUGGUCUUCGAAUUCAUGGAUGGAGCCGACCUGUGCUUUGAAAUUGUAAAAAGAGCCGAUGCUGGUUUUGUGUACAGUGAAGCAGUUGCCAGUCACUACAUGCGACAGAUUCUAGAAGCCCUGCGCUACUGUCAUGACAAUAAUAUCAUUCACAGAGAUGUAAAGCCACACUGUGUACUCCUCGCUUCAAAAGAAAAUUCUGCCCCUGUCAAGCUGGGUGGUUUUGGAGUUGCAAUACAAUUGGGCGAGUCUGGCUUAGUAGCUGGAGGUCGAGUAGGAACACCGCACUUUAUGGCUCCAGAGGUGGUGAAGAGGGAGCCUUAUGGGAAACCUGUAGAUGUCUGGGGAUGUGGCGUAAUACUUUUUAUCCUGUUAAGUGGCUGUUUGCCUUUUUAUGGCACAAAGGAGCGAUUGUUUGAGGGCAUUAUCAAAGGAAAAUACAAGAUGAAUCCUCGACAAUGGAGCCAUAUAUCUGAAAGUGCUAAAGACUUGGUGCGCCGCAUGCUUAUGUUGGACCCCGCUGAAAGAAUAACAGUCUAUGAGGCUCUCAAUCACCCCUGGCUAAAGGAGAGAGAUCGCUAUGCAUACAAGAUCCACUUGCCAGAAACUGUAGAACAACUAAGGAAAUUUAAUGCAAGAAGGAAAUUAAAGGGAGCGGUUUUAGCAGCUGUGUCUAGCCACAAAUUCAAUUCAUUUUAUGGGGAUCCUCCUGAAGAAUUACUUGACUUCUCUGAAGACCCAACUUCAUCAGGAGCCGUGUCUCAAGUACUGGAUAGUCUGGAGGAGAUCCAUGCACUUACCGACUGCAGUGAGAAAGACCUCGAUUUUCUGCACAGUGUUUUCCAGGAUCAGCACUUGCACACACUUCUAGAUCUUUAUGACAAAAUCAAUACAAAGUCUUCGCCACAAAUCAGGAAUCCUCCGAGUGAUGCUGUACAGCGAGCCAAAGAGGUUUUGGAAGAAAUAUCUUGUUACUCUGAGAAUAAUGAUGCGAAAGAGCUGAAGCGUAUUCUGACACAACCUCAUUUCAUGGCCUUACUACAAACUCAUGAUGUGGUAGCCCAUGAAGUUUACAGUGACGAAGCAUUAAGAGUUACACCACCUCCAACAUCUCCCUAUUUAAAUGGAGAUUCUCCAGAAAGCGUGAACGGGGAUAUGGACAUGGAAAACGUUACACGGGUCCGAUUAGUACAGUUCCAGAAGAAUACAGAUGAGCCAAUGGGUAUAACUCUAAAGAUGAAUGAGCUGAACCACUGCAUUGUUGCCAGAAUUAUGCAUGGAGGAAUGAUUCACAGGCAAGGUACCCUCCAUGUAGGCGACGAAAUACGGGAAAUAAAUGGAAUUAGCGUAGCAAACCAGACGGUGGAACAACUUCAAAAGAUGCUGAGAGAAAUGAGGGGCAGUAUCACAUUCAAGAUUGUUCCAAGUUACCGAACUCAGUCUUCUUCCUGUGAGAGAGAUUCCCCCUCUACAUCCAGACAGUCCCCCGCUAAUGGUCAUAGCAGCAUUAACAAUUCUAUUUCGGACAUACCAUCAACUACUCAAUCAAAAGGACGACAGAUAUAUGUAAGAGCACAAUUCGAAUAUGAUCCAGCAAAGGAUGACCUAAUACCUUGUAAAGAAGCUGGCAUCAGAUUUAGAGUUGGGGACAUUAUUCAGAUUAUUAGUAAAGAUGAUCACAACUGGUGGCAAGGCAAACUGGAAAAUGCAAAGAAUGGUACUGCUGGUCUCAUACCGUCUCCUGAGCUACAGGAAUGGCGUGUUGCAUGCAUUGCAAUGGAAAAGACGAAACAAGAACAGCAAGCCAGCUGUACUUGGUUUGGCAAAAAAAAGAAGCAGUAUAAAGACAAAUAUCUGGCAAAGCACAAUGCAGUCUUUGACCAACUAGAUCUGGUUACUUAUGAAGAGGUGGUGAAACUACCAGCUUUCAAAAGGAAAACACUAGUCCUCCUAGGUGCACAUGGUGUUGGCAGACGACACAUAAAGAACACACUAAUAACUAAACAUCCUGACAGAUUUGCUUACCCUAUCCCACACACAACCAGACCUCCAAAGAAAGAUGAAGAAAAUGGAAAAAAUUACUUCUUUGUAUCCCACGACCAAAUGAUGCAAGAUAUCUCAAACAAUGAAUAUCUGGAAUAUGGCAGCCAUGAGGAUGCUAUGUAUGGGACAAAACUGGAAACAAUACGAAAGAUCCAUGAACAGGGACUUAUUGCAAUACUUGAUGUAGAACCUCAGGCUCUAAAAGUCCUGAGAACAGCAGAAUUUGCUCCUUUUGUGGUCUUCAUUGCUGCACCUACUAUUACCCCAAGCAUCACAGAGGAUGAAUCCCUUCAACGACUGCAAAAGGAGUCAGAACUUCUACAGAGAACAUAUGCACACUACUUCGAUCUAACAAUUAUCAACAAUGAGAUUGAUGAAACUAUUAGACAUCUGGAGGAAGCCAUUGAGCUUGUGUGCACAGCACCACAAUGGGUUCCUGUAUCCUGGGUCUAUUAGACCAUUUUCAAGGGAACUGUCGGUGUUUUAUGACUUCAAAAUCACCUUGUGCAGUACUUGGAGAAUCCUCUCUGUUGGCAUUCUGUCAACUGGUCUUGGCCCCACAGAGACUACCUAAAUGUAGUGUGAUCUAAAUUUAUAAUUAUUGUCAUGUCCUAAUAGGUGGGAAGGAAAACAAAGCAAACGUUCAGUGCAAAUUUAAAGAGACAGUAUCUGUUUUUUAACCUUUUAUUUCCCCUAGAUUGUAUUAAAAUAUACCUUUUUAAAGUAUAUGCAUUAUUCAGUCCUUUUGAAUGUUAUAUUUUUGGAAACCAUAGCUUUUUGUUUUAAAGGCCUCUGAAAACUGCACAAGUGAUAUGCUGCUUUCUAUAAUCUAUUUUAAUAAUAGGGGAAUUUGGUUACCAUAGCAGGGGUGGAACACUACAUUCUUUUUAGUCUUAUGUCAUCCAUUCAAUAAUAAAGGCACUAUUUAAUUUAUUUACACACAUAGCCUUCAUCUAUUGGAAGAGGGUUACCACAUUUAAUGGCCUUUUUCCUUUGAUAUUUUUCUUAAGUAUUUACUGCAUAAAAUAGUUUAUUUGAUACUGUCUCUUUGAAGAAAACUAUAAACCAUAUAGAAAGUGGGUCUUAAUGCAUGUGGACAGUCGCAAGCGUUUAUACUGUUGGUGUAUCUGUGUUGAACAAAUCUGUAACUUACAGAAACAUACAUUCCGUUCAUGGGAAUUCGUACCCGAGGGAACUACCGUAAUUACAAUUAUUAUAACCAAGUUGUAAACCUAUGCACAUCCCUUGCAUUUUGGGCAACUUUAUAAAAAGAAAACAUGAUUUUUACUAUUAAUCAUGUAGUGUAAUGUGUUUGUAAUUUUGUCUCAAUUUAAUUUGUUGUAAACAGGGGAAGGUAACAACUGAUUUUCUUUUUUUUCUUUUUGCUUUUUCCAUUUCAAAUUCAUGUUGUCAAGACAAGUAUUGGUGUUUAAGGAAAUAAAUUGUUUUUUUAUGCAUUGUAAUUGUUCAAAAUGCACAAAACAUGAUUUAUGUAACAGAUGGUUUUGGGGACCGAUUUCAAACCAAUAUUCCAUAUUAUCUAAAAAGAAAAAUAAUGCCCUGUAAAUUCUUUAGCAGAGUGGAAUCAAAGUUUAGCUUGACCAAUAUUUUAUUUUUAAAUAUAUUUCCUAUUAUGUGUUCAAUGUUUUUGGGUCAUUCAUUUAUUGCAUCUGAGAAAUUUUAUAAUUCUUGUGGCACAGUGGAUGAUUGUGCAGAUAAUUUGUCUUACUGGUUGCACAUUACAUGUGCUAUUCGGGAAGUUGAUGAUGGGGUUACAUUUUUCCCAAUCUUGUUACUUCUUGUUUCAAUUGGCACAGUUUUAAUUCCAAAAGCACAAAAUGUACAGUACAUUAAAGUCACAAGAUGAAAUUCAUAACUCAAAAAUGUACAAGAAAGUAUUCAUAUGACAUCUAACACAAGUCAUCAUCACUCUCAUAGAUAAAGCAUUCCUGGAUAGAAGCAAUCCAAGUCUCCUGAAUUUGUGAGAUAUUGGUUUUAACACUUUCUAAUAUUUCCUUAUUUUUCAGUCGGGUUUUUUUCCAAAAAGUACUCUUUAAUUUUGUCAAAACAAGUCUUAAUCCUCCUGUUGUGGAUAAAGCAAUCUUUCUGUAGAUUUUAGAACCUUGACGUUACCUCUUAUUUGAGCAUGUUGGUGCAAAGGAGAGAAGCACUCAAAUUUCAAAAUUGUAUAACUGUAAACCAAAAAUGUAGUGUCUUUAUCCAACACGUUUUGUUAAAUCCACCAAUAUGGAAUACUUUGACUUUUUUGAUUUCUUUGUUUGUAGUCUUUUACACCUGUAAACGUCCAUGAUAAUCUUUCUGCUCAAGGUUGGCCGAUAACGGUAAAUAGUGAGAGAAAAGGCGAUUCACCAUGAGAGUAUAAAUAAAAUCCAAUUUAUUUUGUCCUGUGCUAUUUUUUAUUUCCGACUCCUCUCACAAUUUUAAAGCUAAUGUACUGUAUAUAUUGAUCUUUAUUAUCUUCCAUUUAACUACAAAUUAAAGCAAAGGACUGCCUCCUCAAGAAUUAAUUUUUUAUUUAUUUUAAAUCCAGAAUAUAUGAAAAUCGUGUUCAGUAUAAAGCCACUUGAUUUGUUAACAUUCAAAUAUAACAACCUACCCAUAAAUAUUUUACACCACCAAAUCACAAUUCAGUAUAUCCAGGACACUAUCUUUCAUUUUUAAGUGACUUCUUAAAUUUCUGUACAUUCACAAUGAAUUUGUGAAAUGUCUUUUUACAUAAAUAAAAAAAAUCUGGAGUAUAAUUUAUUUUUCAUAUCAGUUGUAGUUUUUAAGAGAACAACCUCUCAUCCUUAUUAAAAUAGUUGGAUGGGGAAAUUACUGGUGCUAGAAAAACUGAAUUACUACAUGUUGCAAAGUAGGUUUCUUGCUUAAAAAAUGUCAGUUGCUUUCUUAGGCUUCCUAAUCACAAGAUCUGUUUAAUAUCUUGCCAAGAAAAUGAUUUUUUUCAGUGCCUAUUAUCACAUUACAAAAAAUUCAAACCUGUAAAUGAUUUAAUGUGCAAUUUAUCGAUCAUCUUGGUAAUUUCUUUUAGAAUUGCUAUUGAGUACAUCCUUUAUGGUGAAUGUUGGGAAUUUGUUGUCGUUGCAGUAAUCCGCUCCCGGCAAAGGGCUAAAUCACUGCUAAUAAAUGAGGUGUAAUGAAUUUCACUGUAAAAAAAAUUUAAAUACAGUGCUUCUUUUCAAGGUGCCACACUCCCCUAGAGGUAAAGUCUUUGGCCGGAUGGGAUUAAUACAUUGGCAAAUACCAUCUAUUGUCUUUGUGAAAAAAUAUGUACAUUUGAAUAGAAUAUGCUGUGAAGAAAAGAAUAAUCUGAUAUCUAGGUUUCAACUGUACAUUAGCUCAUAAGUCCUAAGAAAGCAGAUUCUGUCACUUUGUAAGAUCGACUAAUCAGAAUUAAAGCCAGGUGAAAGAUCUUUGCAACAUGUUAUCCCUGUGUUUAUUUCUUCUGUACACAGUUUUUUGUGUCAUUCCUUUUGUCAAUGGAUUGUUCUAGGCACCACCUCAUUUUUCCUUAAUGGCCCCAGACUGCUACUUUUGAUCGUAAUGGUCACAAAGGCUGCUUUUUCUGCUGAAGGAUUUUGAUAAAUUAGGGAAAUUGUUUCAUUUCUUUACUGCAUGUAUACUCACUGAAGACUAGUUGUGUGCACCUUAUAUAAUAUUCAACCUUUUACUGCACUCAUAUAAUACCCUCCAGUCCAAAGAACACCUCUACCAGAAUACAGCAACCAUAAAUACUGCCUGAUAAGUAUAUUAGGAGCACUGCACACAUCUGUUCUGAAAACUGCUGAGCAAGAUAUCUGGCAUCGAUAACGUAUCCCAUGGAUAUGCCAUAAAUGUCUAAGAUGGGAAAACCUCACUUCGAAAUACAACAGACACUAAACUGAGAUUUAAUUCUAAUGAUGGUCAAAAUGUUCAGUCUCACUAAAUACAUUGAAAGUCAAUGUGUGACGGAUCUGUAUUUUUAGGCUCUUUAAAAAAACCUGAUCCGUCACCAUUGACUUACAUUGUUUAGUGACUGAUCCCUUUUUUCCAUUUUUGAUCAGACACAAAGCCACAGCAUGAAGCAUGUGCGGUCGCAAAACGGAAUGGAAGACAUCCUGAACAGAUCUCUUUCCAUUCAGGGUGCAUUAGAACUAAACGGAACAGUUUUUUUCUGGUUUUGUGAUUGUGUCACAUCUCAAUACCGGAAAAACAAUAAAGCAGGUGUGAAACAGGCCUUAGACCAUUAAGUCUAAGCUUAGAAUGUGUAAAUAUUAACCAAGAUUGGUAAAUUUACCCAAAUAAGCCUCAAAGCCAGUGUGUAAGCAAUCAAUGUACCUAAAAUAGGUCAAAUAAGCCUCAUUUGUUGUGUUUGUAGUGCAAUCCACUAGCCAUGCACAAGAACUAAUAACAAAAAUGUUUGCUUGUAAAAAUAAUGUAAACUGAACUAUGUUUCUUAAUUGCAUGCAAAAUAUAUCCUCAAAUGGAUGAGAUUUGGCCACUCUUCAGUGCAGUUAAAAAAGAUGUGUUCAAGGGUGGACAUUUACAUUAAUUAAGCCCCAUUCUCUGUAGAUGGGGUAGGGCCUGUGGAGAGCAGUAGAAAAAUGCAUAUUGUGGAACUUUUCUCAUCAGGAGUAUUGUGACUGAAGUUUUAUUCUGCCAAAUUCUGUAUUCUGAAGUGCCCAUGGUGGGACUUCACUGUGAAGUUAUUUUUGAAUUGAGAUGCUUAAAACUCUUCUCGUCUGCACCAAGUGACAGCUGUAGCACUCAACCAGGAAGCCACUACAACUGUCACUCAGAGGGGAAGUUGUUGUAAAGAAGCUCAGUUGAGAGAGCAGUUAAUAGGGAAGCACCACCUACUUGGCUGAAUCUGCCAGAAUAAAAUUCGAUAUUCAUAAUACUGCUCUGCCCAGCCCUUGGUACUGGCAGUAGUUUAGUUCAAAAUUCCCAUUAGAUUCCUUUUAAUAUAGCUUUUUAGAUUAGUAUUUUUCUGAACGCCAAAACUCCUACAUAGUUGCAUGAUAACAUUUUGUCAUCCUUAGGCCACUGUUUUGUGUUCUUUUUGUAUAUGUUUAUAUAUGGAACUCUGCAAUAAAACAGUAUGCAGUAAACCACGAAA